AUGUCGAGAUUCAGGAAGGUGGCCGCUAUUGCAGUUUUUGUAUCCAUGGCUUACGCAGCCUCGGUCUUUGCAGUGACUGUGCGGCCAGUAAGCGUUGCUCGAAGUCACUGGGACCAACUGGAGGCGUUUCCAGAGUCGUUUGGUCUGAGAGGCUCAGCCACAGCAGCACGAAGAGUGGAAGCAGCUUCACAGAAAGCGGAGGAGGCCAACACCGGAGGGUCACAGACCCAGGAACUUUACGGGCACGAAGAUAGCGACUGGGAUGAUUGGAGCGUGUCGUUUGUAGAGGGGCGGCUGCUUGAAUCCUCUCUUUUGGAGAAGAAUUCAAUGGGAAGCUCCACUAGCUGCUCUGUUUCGUUCUCGGACGGCUAUUCUGUGUCUCCUGUAGUGGAAGUUAAGGGAGGAGGAACAGGGCAUAACACCGCUACAGCUGUAUUCGUUGACGAAAGCGCUCGGUAUUGGCUGCAUGGGUGGCAAAAGGGGAUUCGCGUUCCGUCAAGCUUUCGCUUUGGAACGGAGGGGACAGACGGAGACUACGCCGAUAUCCAUCCUCCAGUGGACACAGGAAGGCACACUUACACAGUUGUACUCUACAAAGGGUCUUUGGAACCUGGUCCACUCCUAUCAUCUCUACAAGGAACUGCUUGGAGUCAUAGAAAACGAGCUGUGGGAUCGUUACUUGCCAUUGUGGAUGACUUUAGAGUGGCGCCGCACCAGGAGCGGUUGCAUAACAGUGAGGCUGGGAAUGCGCAAGAGGACUACCUCAAAUUAUUGGUUUUUCGACUGGCCAGAAAGCUUUUCUGGCUGCCAACAGUUACUCGAUUAAAACCACCAUCAACGGUGAAGAUGGAUCAAGGAGCGCUCAUAAAACUGUGCUCCAUGCAGGGCUUGAACAGCCUUAUGGGGGUGUAA